UAGCUGCUUUCCUUUCCAGCGCUCACUCUGACUGCCAGAACCUGAUCUGGAGCGAUGGACGUUUUCAGAGUCAUGGGGGUUUUAGAUGUUUUCCUCUGGUCCUCCUUGACCUCAUGGUUGGUAGCUCUGGCUGUCCUGCUGCUGGUCUAUUUCAUCGCCUCCAGCUUUAGUUCUGGAAAACAUGGGAAGGAGCCGCCGGGCCCGAGACCACUUCCUCUGAUUGGAAACCUUCUGCAGAUUGACCUGAGCAGACCGUACCACACAUUCCAGGAGUUUUCUAAGAAGUAUGGAUCAGUCUUCACUGUGUAUCUUGGGCCCCAAAAAGUGGUGGUUCUGACCGGAUACCAGACGGUGAGGGAGGCUCUGGUUCAGCACGACGAGGAGUUUGGAGACCGGGACUCAUUUCAGAUUUUACGUGACUUCAACAAAGGGCAUGGGGUUUUGUGGUCGAACGGUGACUCUUGGAGAGAAAUGCGACGCUUUGCUUUGACAAACCUCAGGGACUUUGGGAUGGGCAAGAAGGCGUGUGAAGACAAAAUCAUCGAGGAGUGUCAGCAUCUCAUUGAGGUUUUUAAGAAUUUCAAAGGAAAACCUUUUGACACAAUGCAGCCGACUAACUACGCCGUCUCCAACAUCAUCUGCUCCAUGGUGUACGGCAGCAGAUUUGAAUACAGUGACCCAGAGUUCACAUCAAUGGUGGAUCGAACCAACAGGAACAUUCUGCUCAGCGGUUCUCUUUCCCUUCAGCUUUACAACAUGUUUCCACGCAUCUUUAAAUGGGUCGCAAGGAGGAAGGAGUUCAUAGAAAUGGCUGUAGCCAAUCAGAAGCAGAACUUCGCCCUCUUCAGGCGGUUAAAGGAGACGCUGAACCCGGAGAUGUGCAGAGGCUUUGUGGACGCCUUUCUGGUUCGCAAGCAGAACCUGGAGGCAUCUGGUAAUAAAAACAGCCACUUCCACAAUGAGAACCUGCUAAUGACGGUCACAAACUUAUUCAGCGCCGGGACUGAAACAACAUCCACCACUCUGAGAUGGGGGCUUCUCCUCAUGGCCAAAUAUCCAAAGAUACAAGACCGGGUCCAGGAGGAGCUGAGGAGGGUGAUAGGAGAUCGGCAGGUUCAGGUUUCAGACAGGAAGAGUCUGCAGUUCACCGACGCCGUGAUUCACGAGACACAAAGACUGGCCAGCAUCGUUCCCACCGCGCUGCCUCACAGAACCAGCAGAGACAUCACCUUCCAGGGUUCCUUUAUCAAGAAGGGAACCACAGUCUAUCCCCUCCUGACUUCCGUCCUGCAUGACCCCAGUGAGUGGGAGAAACCCCACAGCUUUCAUCCUGCUCACUUUCUGGACAAAGAUGGCAAAUUUGUAAAGCGUGACGCCUUCCUGCCGUUUUCUGCCGGUCGCAGGAUCUGCCUCGGAGAGAGUUUAGCCAGGAUGGAGCUGUUCAUCUUCUUCACCACCCUGCUGCAGCACUUCCGCUUCACUCCGGCACCAGGAGUUAGAGAAGACGACCUGGACCUGACGCCACGCGGAGGCAUCACUCUCAGCCCGAUGCCUCAUCUACUGUGUGCUGUUCCUCAGAUAUGAAGAAGAAUCAACAGUUCAUGCAAAGCUUUAUUUUAUGAAUCUCUAUGUCAGAGUGUGACAGAGAACAAUCUCCCAAAACUAUAUUUGUAAAACAGACACUGUUCGUGCUUAUUAAUUAAUGAAUAAAAAUCAUGCAAUAAGUCUAAAUAAAUCAUAAAAAAGAAUUUUAGUUAAAUGUUUCGUGACAUGUGGCUAAGCUAAGCUUAUCCCAGAAUAAGAUUAAAAUUACAAAAAAGAAUCAAAAUGAUGGCUGGGUUUUUAUUUUUUAUUUUAACAAAUAAAAAUUUGUAAAGUGUGGCAGGCAUUUAUGUUCUGAGUUAAUAUGUUGCAGAAGCAACUUUAGCUGCAACUGGAGCUGCAAGUCUUACAUGGAAAGUUUUGAUUUGGAUAUUUGGGAGGAAACAUCAGAAGGCUUCAUGUUCUGGUAUGAAACCUAAAUCAACUGUAAUCACUGACUAAAUGACCUCUGAAGGGAAUUUCAAUAAAGAGUAUCUGACAAAAAGAAGCUGAAUACAAAUGUACGUCAUGCUAUGUAUUACUUUAUUUUAAUUUUUCCCUUCAUAAUUGUGCUCAACCUUAUGUUUGCCAAUCACAUAAAAUCCCAAUAACAUACAAUAUUCUUACAUAUUACUUUAUUACGUCUUAAAUGGUGCUAUCUAGAUAAAGUUUGACUUACAUAUUUGCUAGAGAGUAAUUAAGUUAAACCUGUUGAGGAAAACAAAUUACAAGAGAAUACAUUUAUUCCUGACCAUAAAGUAAUUA